UUCGAAACAAAAUGAAUUAAAAUGACUUUAAUUUCCUUAUUUGAUAUAAAUAAUUUUUCAUUUAUUGAUGUAUUAAUAACUUGCUAAUUAAUAAACACAAUGUAAUAAUAUAUUUUUAUAUUUUUAACUAUUGAUUUAUCGUUUGUCAUCAUACCUUUUUGAUGUUUUAGUUGACAGUUGUUUAUCCAGGUGAAAGUGUAAAUGUGUAUGUGUGUAUUCAUAACCAAUAUGGUGUAGACAGGUGUACACAAAACAUCAUUGUGUACGUUUAUAAAUGUCAUAUAUUUUUAUAUGUCAGACUGACAAAUGACAAUCGUCAAUUCGUCAUGUUGUCAUCUACAAUAAAUAAUAACAAAUAAUUAGCAAAAUAAAAGUUCCACGUAUACAUUUAUUUAUAACAAUAAAAUAAAACAAAAAACAACUUUAAAAAUUAUUUUAAAAAAUCAGCUAAAUUUUGUUUAUUCAAUAAAUGUUUAUAAACAAAAUAUUAUUGAAUAAACAAAACAUGUUUUUAUAAAUUAAUUAUUGACUUGUAAAUAUGUCAUUAAUUAUUAAAAAUAAAAUCCUAUCAACAAUAGGAUAACAAUGAAAAAAAAAUGUAAAAAAAAUUCAAGAAAGAGAAUGAAAGAAAAAUUUAAAUCAUUUUGCCAAGGUAAUUCAAACCGAUGAUAGUUCAACCAAAAGUUGAAUAAAGAAAUAAAUAAAAUAAUACAAAUAAGUGAUAAAAUAAUUAUCUGUGUUAUAAAUAAUUAUUAAUAUUAAUAAAUAUAAAAGAAAAUUUUUUAAAAUGGUGCAUCAAAGGUUGCCAGUAUUUGAUGCAGGAAGAGGUGGAAAAAGAUUUAUGCUGACAUUAGUUGCUGGUGUUAUUUUUGGUUUUUUAUCAGCAUGUUUACUUAUAACUGCAACUAAAGAUGCACCUGGUAUGUUAAAUUGGAUGUCAAGAAGUUCAAGUUUUUAUAAUGAUCCACAUCAUCAUGGUGAUGUUGACAAUGAGAUUGCACCAGAAACUGAAAUAAAAUUUCAUGGUGUUGAUGAAAAUGAACACAUAGGUGAGGAUGCUAUAGCUUCAGAGCUAUCAAAAAAAGUACGUGUACUUUGUUGGAUUAUGACUGGACCAGCAAAUCAUCAAACAAAAGCAAGACACGUCAAAGCAACCUGGGGAAAACGUUGUAAUAUAUUAUUAUUCAUGAGUUCUGCUGAGGAUAAAACUUUACCAACAGUUGUAUUACCUGUCAAUGAAGGUAGAGAUAAUUUAUGGGCUAAAACAAAAGAAGCAUUUAAAUAUUCAUAUGAAAAAUAUAAAGAUGAAGUAGACUGGUUUGUCAAAGCUGAUGAUGAUACAUAUUUAAUUGUUGAAAAUUUGAGAUACAUGCUUUCAUCAUAUGAUCCAAAAUCACCACUUUAUUUUGGCUGUCGUUUUAAGCCAUAUGUUAAACAAGGAUAUAUGAGUGGUGGUGCUGGUUAUGUACUUAGUAAUGAAGCAGUACGUAAAUUUGUAAAUGAAGGUUUAAAUGAUAGUAAAAAAUGUCGUAGUGAUAAUGGUGGUGCUGAAGAUGUUGAAAUGGGUAAAUGUUUAGAAAACAUUAAUGUUAAAGCAAUGGAUUCACGUGAUCAAUUUGGUAGAGGUAGAUUUUUUCCAUUUACACCUGAAAGUCAUUUAAUACCAAAUCGUGUUGCCAAAGAUUUAUGGUAUUGGAAUUAUAUUUUUUAUGAAACAAAACAUGGUCUUAAUUGUUGUUCAGAUAGUGCAAUAUCAUUUCAUUAUGUAUCACCAAAUAUGAUGUAUGUACUUGAAUAUUUAAUUUAUCAUUUACGCCCUUAUGGUAUUAAUCACAGUGUUGAAAAAUUAACAGUUAAUCCAAGUGCCAUAACUGAACAGAUCUAGUCUUGUUUUAUUUCAUCAACUAAAAACAAAAACAAAAAACAAUUUUUUUAUAAAAACUAAAAAUUAAAAAUUUUCAAAAUUAUGUUAUACAAAAUAAAAAUAUAAAUUAACAAAAUUUAAUAUAUUUAAAAAAAUAAAAAAAGACAUAAAAUUAAGUUGAUUAAAAAUUAUAUAAAUUAUUAAUAAUAAAAAUAUAAAUAAUAUUAAAAAAUACUUGCCAUAUUGUUAUUAUCAAUAAAAAAAAAAAAACUAGUCAGCUGAAAACCAAUCAAUUCAAAUCGCUAAAACAAAUUACAAAAAUUAAUGAUACAAAAAAAAACAUCUUACAUCAUCUUUUUUAUAUAUACAUCGCUGAAUAAAAUGUAGGAAAUAUUUAAUUACAUUAAACCACAUACAAAAUAUUAAUAAAUAGAAAAAAAAAACAUUUAUAAAAUAAUAAUGAAAUCAAAUAAUGUCAUGAUUUUUUUAAAUAUUUUUUUUUUCUUUUUUAAUUAUUUUUUAAUUGAGUAUGAAUAAUAUAUACACAUAAAACUGUAUUUCCAUAAUUUUAAUAAUAAUAGUAAUAAUAAUAAUAAUAAUCCCAAUAAUGUCAUUCUACCCAGAUUGAGUGAGGAUUUUAUUCUUGAUUUUUGUUUCUAUGAGUAAAUAAAUAUUUGAAAAAAAAAAAAAAAACAAAAAAAAAUUCUAUCAAC